AGCUUCCAACAACCCUGUUGCCGACCAAGAAACGUACACACUGUACUCCUGGGCACUGUGCUGUACUUAGGUAGUACAUUACGAUCUUGUGCUGGCAAAUCGUGAUUGCAGCAGCAGCAGGGAAGGCGCAUCUGAACACGACGCAUCAUCGCCUAAGCGUCACUUCCUCAUCACCAUUCCAUUCUCCUUGGCUUGCGCGCCUGCCCAACGACCCAACUUACUGCUUCUCGCACAGCUGUCACUUCAUCACUUUCCCAGCUGUACCUAUCGCCUUCAUUCAUUCAUUUCUUAUUCCAACUUUAUCUUGCUUUACGAACCUACGUCCGCGGAAUCUUUGCUGGUCACGGUUCCGCUUACUUCAACUCGCCGACGAUUCUGCUAGCUCUGAUCAUAUCGUCCAACAACGAGCUCCCGCUACGAGUACAAUGGCCAAUCAAUACCCCAACUUGGCGCCGAACGGCUCGCUCAACAGCGACCGUCCAAACACAAUCAUCUCAAACAUCCAAGAUUCAGCAACGUCGACUGUAAACAGCAUCUCUCAAUCGCAGGCCGUCCAGGACAUCGCCAAUGGACCCGUUGUGGAAAAAGCACGCGCUGAAGUGGACAACACCAAGAACGAGUUCAGCAAUCUCGCCGCGUCUCGCCAAACACCACAGACUCAGACCAUCAAUGGCCAGGCCUUGACCCACUAUCACUCUUUCUUUUACAACCUGCUCUCAUGGGAGAACCCGCGCGCUACGAGCAUCUCGUAUGCCGCCAUCGUCAGUCUGAUCUUCACUCUGCGUUACGUGCCGGUGGCCAGAUACGUUCUGCGCGCCAUCUACCUACUCCUCGGCCUUACCGCGGCUGCAGAAAUGAUCGGAAAAUAUGCUGUAGGCAACGGCUUCGCAAGCAAGAUGCGUCCCAAGAGAUACUACACCAUUCCUCGCGAGACGCUGGAAAGCAUUCUUGCUGAUGUCGAAGAGCUCAUCAACUUCUUCGUCAUCGAGUUUCAGAGAAUUGUAUUCGCAGAGGAUGUCUACAUGACUGUCGGCGCAUUCUCAACUUCAUUCAUCACCUACUGGCUGAUCAAGUUCAUGCCGACCUGGGGCAUUGUACUGUUCUUCACCACCGUCAUCUUCUUCACUCCGCUUGCCUAUAUGCAAAACCGAGAGAUAAUCGACUCCCAGAUUGCCAGCGCCCAAAAUCUUGUCAACGAGCAGACGGAGCAACUUCGCGAUAUCGCUGCUCAGCAUACCAACAAAGCUGUAGAGAUGAGUCAGGCUGCGUACCAAGAGUACAGCGCGAAGGCUCAGGAGCUUCUUGGCCAGACUAAGAAGGCAGCUGUAGAUAAGGGCAUCGUCAGCCCCGAGACUGCGGAAAAGGCGGUCCCGGAGAAGUCGCGUUUCAGCUCUGAGACAACACAUAAAGUCCUCCCAGACUCGCCGCUUGCCAGCCACGACUUUCCCACUGCGCCCAAGCUCGAGCCUGCUGGACAACCUUUUGCUUCUGAGCCGGCUGUGGCACCACCGCAGCCACUUGCCUCUUGAGCGUUUGCAGUUGCGUUUUUCGCGACUUUGUGUGAAGGAUGUCCUUUGGGACAUGCGAAUGCGGAAGAGUCGACUCCCGAGCGAUGCAUCUUUGUGCAGCACGGACUUCGAACGUUUCACGACUCUCCAGGAAGACAUGGACUCGGCGUUCGCUGGCCAUGGUCCGGGGAUGCAAAUUGAUAUUCGAUGGUGAACCUGGGCUGUUGUAUGUGACCACUCUGCUGGCCGGCUUUCAUUCUUAUGCGUAAUUUCUUUUCUGUGUUAUAACCACCUGGGCAUGCGGUAGCUUGCCACUCCCUGGUGCAGUUUAUGCUAUAAACGAUGCUUGUGGAGAUGUAUCAAAACUUCCUAAACAGUCAUGUAUUUGUGGAUUUGUUUCUUCGAUCUCAUGAGACGUUUCAAAGUAUGUUGAGUUACACUGUAUUUUGAUCAACACCCGCAUACAAUUGAACAC